UGACGCCGCAGACGCGUUGUAAUUGGUGGGUGGAGUGGAGAGGAAGCCAAUGUGGUUCAGCUUGGAUGGUCGUGCCUCCCGUGAUUGGAGGAGACGCGGCCCGGCUGAGAAAAGGUGACGUAUCGGUGACACUGCUAGCGGCAGGCCGAGUCUCCAGGAUGUUGAGCCGAUAGUGGCCGAGAUGUGGCGGGUGUGUACGCUGUGCGCUCUGCUGGUCUCCCCGGUGCGGAGCUCCGUGUGUGAUGAUGGCCAGUUUAAUAUUCACUUGGACAUGCCUAACAAAAGUGUCUAUUCAUGUUCGGGGGCCUAUAUUCCACCUUCCAGUCAGGUAUAUUCAAGUAUAGCUACCAAGUAUAACGAGGAGAAAACGUAUACUGCCUGUAUGGACGUGGUAAUUAACCACACAUCUCCUAUACCAAAUAGCGGAGUUCAUCGACCCAUAGAAGCAAAGUAUGGUGAAUACAUCUACUGCCCGCCUCAGAGAUGGGUGCACAAUCUUCAGCAUGCAGGUGUGGCCUUCCUCUACCAUCCCUGUGUGGACCCUCAGCUGAAAGAAGUCUUCUCAUUUGUGGCCAGAAGCUGUGUUCCCAGACAUAUAAUCACACCUCUGCCAAGCCUGUCUAGGGAAAGGCCCAUUGCCCUGGUCACUUGGUGCUCAACUCUGGAGAUGUCUCGCAUGAAUAUGACUGAGAUAAGGUAUUGGCUGAAAGAAAAUAUUCCCCAUGAACAUCAGUAUGGGACAGUACAAGAUGGAGCCUACCAACAUUUACUGAUCAGGCCGUCCUUAAUUUCAACAGACCAUGUAGAUCUCUGUCAUGAAAGGGAUUUUCAGAUGCUAAAUCGUUUUCGGAGCCAUAGACGGCGGUUAGUUUGGCAUCUGUUGCGGAAAAGGAGAAGAGCUGAGGUCUUGCCAACCCCUGUGGUCCAAGAUACGGCAUCUUCACAUAUAUCUGCCAGCAUUUCUUUUAGUACACUAGCCAGUCAACACAUAGACAAAACCAUUAGGAAGCAGAGUACAGUGUCACAACCUGCAGGAACCAGUGGGUUAUCUUCUCCCACUGAAUCCUCUUCUUCCACCUCUGUCUUGAUAUAUAACGUGCACACUCAAAGUAUAAAAGCUAGCGUUCAUAGUCGGGAGACCGAGGAUAAUGACAAGGACAUGUCUAAGCUGCUUGUACAGAAGGUCGUGCCUACCCCAGUAAACCACUCUUUUGUCUUACCUGAUGUUAAUGUGACACAACCUGUUGGGAGCAAUGUAUCUCAAGAGACUGGUAAGGAACAGCCAUCGCAGCAUUUGGUCACACCUAAAGACCAUCCUGAUGCCCCUCCACAGAAAGAGACCACCAUAAACUUUGCACCAAGACCUGAAACUACUCAACAGAUGCAUCAUCAGCUUACUGACCCAAAGCUUUCACCCACUGCUGCCGAGAAGAAACAAUUGGGUGAACAGAAGCAGGAAUGUAACUGUCCACGUAAUGCAGGUGCCGAGUUGCCAGCCAAGGCCCAGUCAAGGUUGAGUGACAGCCAGCACAAGUCCAGCGAGGGGUUUGUUUCUACUCCUCGAACACAGGAGGCUACCUGGGCAGCGGCAUCUCUCAUUUUUCUCUUUUGCCUACUCAUGUUUUCAAUCUUGUACACACAAAUCUAUAAGAAGUUUCGCAGGAGUCAGAGCCUGUACUGGUCAUCAGGAAACAACUCUGAAGAGAAAGAAACCGUGUCAUCAAUUAUCAAGAGGAGACUUGUACAGGGUCACAGCAGACGCAAGAGAUGGUUUGGAAAGAAGAAGAGCCCCACAGUGUUGUAUGAAAGUCUAAGUGAGAGUUCUGAUUAGAAUAUGAUCUUCGUCAGAUUAAAAAUCACAUGACAAGUAAUGUCACAACAAAUUGUACAGUGGGCACAACACUGAUCCAUAUGGACCUUUUUAUAGUGGAGAGUGGCAUUUCUCUUCACUGCAUGUUGCAGAGUUUACUGCACGUUUUAUAUGCAAGUCCUUUCUAAAAUGAGGACGCAGUGUAAGGCCUGUGGUGUCCCAUAGUUUUCUCUGAGAGAAUUUUUUGAUUGGAAGUGAAGCUAAUCACAUAGCUUGGCUUUUACAAGUCACAUAACUAGACUUUCAAUCUGUGUGCUGGUUGUGUGGGUUUUUUUUUUUUUUUUUACCUGUUGUUAUGGUUGCUUUAUAGGUUAAAGUUGUUCCAAAGGCUCAAGAUUUUUUACCUUCAUGUAUUCUAUGCAUGAAGGUAAAAAACCUUUGUGCAGCAGCCCCCCUAAUACUUACCUGAGC